AUGGAGACCGACGAGAAGAGGCACGGCGGGAAGGAGGCGGCGGCGCUCAGCGGGGACCACCUCUGCCACGUCUGCGGGUACCAGUACCCGAACCCGCACCCCAGCGCCAAGCUCCGCCGCUCCCACCGCAAGCACUGCGGCAAGGCGCUGCCGCCGCCGGCGGCGGCGGUGGCGGAGGUUGAGGAAGCCGUUGCGGGGGUCGGGGUUGGCGUGGGCGAGCGGGAGGACGGCGCCGGCGACCGCAAUGCGGCCGGGCGGACGGUGCUCGGUGGUGAAGGAGGACGACAGCGAGAGGAGAUUGGCACGACCGAGGCCAAUGGAGGAGGCGCGGCGUUGCGCGGAUCUGCGGGAGAAGUUGACACUUCUGUGGAGGACAAGGUGAUUGCAGCAGAACAUUCUUCUCCUACCUGUACUGGAGCUCAAGUCAUUGCCACUGAAUUAAGUGAAGGCCACCUGAUUAACUGCGGCAGCAGUGAAAAUGUUUUUCUUGAAGAUACUGGAGCACAAAUCGACGCCAGUGAAUUAAGUGAAAAUGGCCUUGUUGACUGCAGCAGCAAUUCUAUUGAAAUUGUAAACGAGGGCAGUGGAACUGAAUUACUGAUUGCUUGCACUAAUGGAAGUCAAAAUAUUGUGGGACAUCCAGCUGAGCGAGAAGACAGCUUUGAUGAAUACCAGGAUGCAUCUCCGUUUCUUCAUCAAUCAGAUUCUGAAGAUGGCGCUGCACCAAGUUCAGUAUUUUCUACAGAAAUGAAUAAAUUGAAUGCUAUUUCAGCAGGGUCAAGUGUAACUACAAAUGUAAAUUCUCUAGAAACAAAUGGAUUCCUCAAAGAUCAAUUUUCUGGAGAACCCAAUGUGACAGAUUUAUCUGCUGACUCCAUAGUUGGACGUAAUUUGGAGGAAGGAGCUCUUAGAUUGGCUGAACAUGAAGUAAACCCCAAGCUUGGGGGUCCAUAUGAACAAGCUGUGAAUGUUGACUACACUUGCACAGAUAUGGUUUAUAGUAAAUCUGAUGAAGCAUCUGUUCAUAGUGAGAUGAUUGGUUGUUUGAAUGCUUCAUCCCUUCAGGAAACCCGCCUGGUAAUUUUGGAACCAGAAUCAGAGUCUACAUGCUCAAGAAAGGUGGAAGGUUUUAUGGAAGAUAGAAUGCAUGUUCUUCACACCAUGCCUGAAGCACCACCAAGAUCAGAAGUAGUGGGAUCAGAUAAUGUUCAGUUGGAAACAAUAACCAAUCCUAGCAAUAACCCCAUGCCUGGUGAUCUGAAUGUUGUUUGCACUGAUUAUACUGCUACAGAUUGUUCCAUGGAGCUCUCCAGACAGAACUGGAGUGUUGAGGAUGUACCAGAUAAUAGUCAACCUGUUGAGAAUUCUAGCAAGAAAACUUUGAGAUGUCCUGCUCCUGGUUUUCAAGAUGAUCUUCCUGUUACCAAGAUGGAUGACCCUCCUCCUGUUACUAAUGUGGAUGAUGUAGAAUUCACCUUUGAGGAGAGGCCACAUACAGAUACUGUAGAAGAAAAUCUUUCCAUGCAUAAGACUAACGGGUUCACUAAAGAGGAAGUCUGCAACAAGCAGAUUGACCCUAUGAUCCCUGCAGAAGAUCAAUUUUCUACGAGUCAGAAACAUGACACUUCACUAAUGGAUCAAGCAUCUUCUGUCAAGAAUCCAUUUAAUCUAGACGAUGACAGGAAUGACGACUUAUUUGAACUUCCCACUGAGAGCUGCUUUUUGGAGGUACCAAAUGUUGUUGAAUCAAGACAGCAAGUUGACUCUACAUCCCUAAUGGUGGAUCAACCAACGGUCUCGAACCAAACUAGGAUGGCGGAAGUUCAACAAUGCCAUAACUCAAAUGAACGCAUAUUAUCUGCAUCAAGUGCCAGUGAAAAUGGUGAAGUAAUUGGUCCAGAAGACGUUCCUGUCAUCAGUAGUUCUGAACUGGUGAACAAGAGUUGCUUGACUGACCAUGGCCUGCAGGAAAAUGGGCAUACAAGUGGUGAUAUUUUUGUGCCAUCUCAGGCAGCCUCCACGGAGCUUAUGCAGGAUAUCAGUGCACUCAGUGAAGUUGACGAAAUUAUGCAAACCGAAGAUGCUAGUGCAAAGGACAUGACUGCAGUACGUAACAUUGAUUGUAUUGAAAUGAACCAGGCUGUCAACCCUACAGCAAAUGAUACAUAUGCAGCUAAUGUUGAAGAAAAGAAGCUGAUUGAAGGCACCACUGCAGGGAUGAAUGAGGUGCGACAGACAGAUUAUGUUGAAGAACAGACACAAGCUAGCGACACAAAGGAGUUGAGCGCAGUACAGAUCAUAGGAAAUUUUGAAGAAAAUAAGCUGACUGAAGAUACUGAUGCAAAGGAGACUAACGCACGGUUUAGUGCAAAUGACAUUGGACACAAAACACAGAAUGCAAAGGAGAUGGCUGCAGCAGAAAGCACAUGUAGCGUUGAAGAGAAGCAGCAGCUGAACAUCAUGGUUGGCCAAGAUGGAAGCAACAACAAGCUGAACGAAGAGAUUGCAUUGACAGGUGCCAAGCUGAAUUCAGGAAGAGUUCGUGUCCCGCUGAAGGUCCUCCUCGCCGAGGCAAGCAUGGAGAGCCAAGUGAAGAAACCCAGCACCAAGGAACGAGUGUUGUCGUUCCGGCGCCGGGUGACCAAGGACAGCAACUUGUCAGUGAAAUCGGGGUCACCCAAAUCUGGCUCUGACGACCAUCAUUGGAGCUCCCCAGCCAAACUGCCUCAUAAGGACGUUGACAAGAGUUCCAAAGAAAAGAAGCAGCCGUGGAUGCCGUUUAUCUGCUGCCACUCCGUGCGCUGA